UGCAACACGUCCAUUCGCUAUUAUUGCAGGAAAGUACGGAACUGUCUAAAACACUCUUUACUUUCAUUUUCGCUUUUUAUGCUGAGUAACUACGACAUGGCUGCUGUGGAUAUUCGCCUCAAGUCGAAGAAACAGGUGGACGACUUCUGCCAAAAGCUCACCAAGGAGGCGGAGGUGCUGGUGUCAACAUAUUUCCCUCAGAAGCUCGAAGAGCUGCAGGAGCUGCUGAAGUCUUUCAGAUGCAACGAUCUGCCUUCUUUGAAGGCUCCACUCGACAUCCCGAUACCCGAUCCGGCGAAAGAGGAGGCCAAGCGCAAGAAAAAAGAGCAGAAGGAGGCUAAGGAGGGGAAGAAAGACAAGGACAGUGAUAAAGAGGAUGAAGACGCAGGCCCUCCAUGUGGUCCCAUCUGCACCAAUGAGAAGGUGGAGAGCCUCCUGCCGAAGGUCAAAACUGAGAUCCAGACACUGAAGGAGAAGCUCAACACGGUGUCAAUGUGGGUGCAACUCCAGAUUCCUAAAAUUGAGGAUGGGAACAAUUUCGGAGUGGCUGUCCAGGAGAAAGUGUUUGAGCUGCUGACCAACACACGCACCAAGAUCGAAGGAUUCCAGACUCAGAUUUCAAAGUAUUACAACGAGAGGGGUGACGCUGUGGCCAAAGCCUCCAAGUCGCCCCACGUGGGAGACUACAGACAGCUGGUCCACGAGCUGGACCAAUAUCAAUACUGCGAGCUCCGCCUUGUGGUCUUGGACAUCCGCAAUACAUACGCUGUGUUGUUUGACAUCAUUAACAAGAACUUUGACAAGAUUAAGAGACCCAGAGGAGAUGGGAAAGCGCUCAUCUACUGAGGCAGACUCCAGGCUCGUUUUUUUUUUUUUAAUAAGCAACAACCAGUGUAGAAUGACACUCUUCAUCAAGUAAUGAUACACCUGCUCCCAGAAAUCUUUUUCUAACUGUGCCUGCAUUUUGGUUCAGAUUACACAAUAAAGCAGCAGUUUUUCUCA